UGCGAAUAAAAUCAUACGAAUAAAUGUCGUUUUUAGAGCAUUUGAAUUAUUUGCGAAUUAUUUUCAAAAAGGCGCAGAUGAAAUUCCGCUUGCAUUUAUUUUGGGAUUUUUUGUCAAUGUUAUCAUACAGCGUUGGACAGAUGCUUUCAAGAACAUGGGAUAUUUGGAAAACCAAGCAAUCCAUAUCAGCAGUAUGAUAUUGGGUGACGAUGAGCGAUCACGCCUGUUCCGAAGAACGAUAGCGCGUUACCUAUGCUUGGCACAGGUGCUGGUGUUUCGUGAUAUUAGCGUACAGGUGCGGAAACGCUUUCCAACAUAUGAAAGUAUUGUUAAAGCAGGAUUCUUGUUGGAAGCGGAAAAAGAAAAGCUGGAAGGAUACGAUUUAAAUUUUGAUAAAUACUGGGUACCCAUAAAUUGGUCAUUUGCACUAGUCAUCAAAGCUCGACAGGAGGGACUUAUAUUUGCUGAAAACUAUGCGAUCAAAAUUACAGAUACAGCAAUGUACAUAGUGGAUGAAGCACACCAUGACUUGCCGCCACUUCAGAAGGAUCAGUUUUGGCUGAGGGGGGAAGUUGAGCCGAUGUAUUCCAAGGAUGCUGCUGCACUUCCAAUCAAUCCACUGAUCGGUUCUGCUGUUCGGGCAGCCAGUAGAGAUUCAACAGAUGAACCACCAGAGCCAGAAAUGGUGGCACGUGAGCCUUACAAAUAUCCCGAAGGAUUAUCACGUAUGUGAGA